AAGCUAAACAAAGUGUUUUUUCAUACAUAAUAUAGACAUGUAUUGAAAUUAUAUUAUUUGGUUUUGAGUAAACAGAAAAUUUGUAUACGAAAACAGAUUUUGGAUAUGCAAAUUUUAUUACAGCAAAAAGUGUAGAUUUUAGUUGACUGAAUUAUGGAAAGAGUGUGCCAAUUUUUUCGAACAAAUUACAUACUGGCAAAUUGUGAGGAUGCCUUGGCUAAGAAAGCCUUCUCGCUGAAUCUGUCCCAUUUUCAAAUGUCCGAGAUUCCAGGUAUAGUCGAGCAAUGCGAAAGUUUGCUAAAAUUGUUUCUCAAUCAAAAUCUACUGACAUCCUUUCCGAGUAAUUUGGGUAAUCUUGCACGCUUACAAGUUUUGACACUGGACUAUAAUAAACUGGAUGAGUUUCCCAUCUGCAUCUGUCGUUUGACACGUUUACGAUUCCUUAAUAUUAGCUGCAAUAAUAUCAAACGAUUGCCUCCGGAAAUGGGAUGUCUGACUGUGUUGGAGACCUUUUGGUGCAAUAAUACUGGUCUAGAGGAACUGCCAAGAGAAAUGCGAAAUUGCGAACGCUUGGAAACAUUGGGUGUGCGAGGAAAUCCAUUGCAAUCUUUGCCCGACUCUCUCGGUAACCUGGCUGAACUGCGUUGGUUUACAGCCGAGGGAUGUCAACUAGUGGAUAUUCCAGAUACAUUCGCUCAGUUGACCAAUUUGGUGCAUUUGAAUCUAAAGGGAAAUCGUCUUCGACGUAUACCACGCAUUCUGCAAGUCUUGCCCAAAUUAAGAUUUGUGUUUUUGAAUAACAAUUGUAUUGAUGAGAUGCCUACACGAGCGGAGUUGGAGGAACUGCAAGCUCUAAAUAUGCUUAACCUAUGCAAGAAUCCCAUUAGCCUGCUUAUGGAUCUACAAAGAUUGGCUUCGCAACAAAGCAACAUCUAUGUAGAUGAGGCGCUGCACUUUACAGAUGUCGCAGGGGCCAUACCCAGUCAAACCAAUUUAAAUGACCGAGAGGGGAGAGAGCACAGAGAUGAAGCCGCAGGUGCAGCUGGUCAGGCUAAUGAUGAUUCCUCGGACUGGGAAAAUAGUGUACGUACCAGCGAACUUAACACCACAGAUGAAAGUGGCUUAGAGAACAACAUUGAGGAUGUGAGCGUUUUGCUGCCAGAAAUGUCACGUUAUGUUACAACUUUUUGAAUUAUUGUUAUCAACUAUAAAUCUUUGUAGUUAGGCAUCUUUGUUUAUUUGUAUUGUAAAAUGUAUAACGAAAUGCACAGUGGCUUUAACUGGUGUAUUGCGGGAAUAACAAACA